AUGAGGCGUCUCUCUAAAGGGAUUGCUCAAACACAAUCUUUGCAUCUGCUGUCUUUUUGCCGCACUCGGAAUCUUGAAAAUUUUGUGGUCAGCCGACUUGGCUCCACAGCUUUUCAUUCAUCAGCAGCUGUGCAUAGCGAUGAUCACAGCAAUGAUGCAAAAUCCUGUUGCUACGAUUACGACUGGAUUGAUGGCGUGGAGAAGCUGGAAAUGUAUGAGCCUGGAGGCUAUCAUCCUGUCAUGAGUGGUGACGUUCUUCGUGAUCGCUAUGCCAUCGUGGAUAAGCUGGGUUUCGGAGGCUACUCUACGGUCUGGCUGGCCCGGGAUAUUCACCAAAAGCAGUAUGUUGCUCUCAAGGUGGGUAUAGCAACAGACUCAAUAGGACGUGAUGCAAAGAUUCUCCGAGCUUUUGCUGCUUCAGAAUCAUCCACACACCCAGGGCGUGAUUCUGUUCCUCGUCUACUGGACGAGUUCAACUUGACUGGCCCUAAUGGAACACACCCAUGCUACACAGUAGCACCCGCUCAAUGCAAUCUUAGGAGAGCAGUGUUUACUGGGAUGUUCCCCAUCAGGGUUGCACGUGUGCUAUCAGCAGGACUUGUUCAGGCUGUGUCCUAUAAUCACUCUCGAGGAUAUGUUCACGGAGAUAUUCAUCUUAGCAACGUGUUGGUCAAACUACCAUCAAGUUUUGAUCAUCUUUCAAUUGCGCAAUUUUAUCACGAAUAUGGCGAGCAUGAUGUGGUUCCUGUUACACAUCGGGAUGGCAUGCCUCUUCCUCCCAACGUUCCAAAAAAGGCCGUGAUCCCUCUCGAUUUUGGCAAACCUGCAAAACAGUUCUCACUUUCUGAUAGCCGUGUGCUUCUAAGUGACUUUGGCGAGGCAUUUUCUCCAGACUCAGAAGUUCGCCGCGGAGAAGACUGUCAUACACCACUAGCUAUGCGGCCUCCAGAAUCUCGAUUCGACCCUCAGAGACCACUUUCAUAUUCGGCAGAUAUAUGGAGUCUAGCGGUGGCUAUAUGGGAAAUUAUUGGUAUGAAGUCAAUCUUUAGCAAUGAUUGGAUUACUGCAGAUGAAAUCACCGCUCAGCAAAUCGACACUCUGGGGCCUAUGCCUCUAGACUGGUGCACUGGUGAACGCCCCAAGCACCUUGAAGGCAGGCAAGUCUGGCCUCGGAUUGAGGAUGUAUUUGGCGACUAUGUACAAAAAUAUCGAAACAAGUACAAGGUGGGCGAGUUUGACAGCGAAGAAACAGCUGCCAUCCUCGACCUGAUGCGAAAAAUGCUGGUCUUUCGGCCUGAAGAGCGUCUGUCGGUGGAUGAGGUUCUUCAGUCGGAGUGGAUGGUCAAGUGGGCGUUACCGCAAUGGACGCAACUGCAUAUGGGUGAAUCCAUUGUUCAUUCGACUACAUAA